AUGGAAGCUUCAACGAAGAAAAUGUCUAGUAAAAAAAAGAAAAGAUUUGAAAAAUAUGUGCAAAAAAAAAAUAAAAAAGAAGAACGAGUUGCUCUACUUGAAAAGCUUUCGAAAUCAUCAUUUUCAUCGGAAUUAAUGAAAUCGAGCAAAAAUUUGGGAAGAGGAAAAGACACAAUGAAAGAACGACUUCGCAGAGCCUUUUAUGAAAAACGUCUUGGAAUUGCUCAAUCUGAUCCGGAUGUGCCUUUAUUCGUGAACAAUGAUGGUGACAACGACACGGAUGAAGACAACGUGAAUGGAGGCAACGUAGAUGAAGGCAACGUAGAUGAAGGCAACGUAGAUGAAGGCAGCAUAGAUGAAGGCAGCGUAGAUGAAACACUUAAUAAUCACAUGAACACAGAUGCCAGAACGUCUAAUUUGCCUAUUCAAAAAGAAUGUACCAAACCUAAAGCUGAUCAAUAUGCGCAAAAUACCAUUAUUGGAUGUGCUCUUAAGCGAGGUCCAGAUGAUGAUUCAUUCGACAGUUCUGAUUCACAAUGCGAUGUUGACAAAAAGAUUGUAAGCAAUGACUCCCCUAAUUCAGUUAUAGAAAAUCAAGCAUUAUUAGGAACAACUUCAUGUGGAAAAAAACAAUCUUUUAAAGAAUGGGCGACAGAACAGUUGGGAAUUGGGUUCAAAAGUUCUCAACAUAUUGACACUGCCAGCAGCUACACCCAAUUAUCAUCAGAGAAUACAGAGAAUUUUCAAAAGAAAUGUGUUAAUCUUAGUGAACAGGCUACACCAAAAUUUGAUAUUCAAGAUGGUAUAGAUAUCACAGUUGAUAGUUGUAUUGAGAAUAAUGGGUCAAAAAAUAAUAUCACGCAUGUACCCAAACACGCAAAAAAGGCUUUCAAUGUUCCUGUUAAAAGAAGCCAAGAAAUUCAGCUUACAAGAAUGGAAUUACCAGUAUGCGAAGAUGAGCAAGCCAUAAUGGAAACGAUUAAUGAGAAUUCCGUGGUUAUUAUUUGUGGAGAAACAGGAUCCGGAAAAACAACACAAUUACCUCAAUUUCUUUAUGAGGCUGGAUUUGGAAAUCCAGAAAGUGACAAUCCGGGAAUUAUUGGCAUUACACAACCUCGUCGUGUUGCUGCCAUGAGUAUGUCAAAGCGCGUAGCGCAAGAGUUAUCACUCGAUGACCAACGAGUAUCAUAUCAGAUUCGUUAUGAUGCAACUGUUUCGUCAAAAACUGUUAUUAAAUUUAUGACGGACGGUGUUUUGCUUCGCGAGCUUUCUGGAGACUUCCUACUGUCAAAAUAUUCAGCAAUUAUAAUUGAUGAAGCACAUGAAAGAAGUCUGAACACAGAUAUCUUGAUUGGUGUUAUUAGUCGCGUUCUUCGAUUGCGCAAAGAAUUGAGUGAGGAAGAUAAAUCAAAAAUUAAACCUUUAAAGAUUAUCAUCAUGUCAGCUACGUUACGCAUUUCAGAUUUUACACAGAAUAGAAGGUUAUUUGACAUUCUACCUCCAGUCAUAAAUGUUAAUGCACGACAAUAUCCUGUUUCAAUCCAUUUCAAUAAACGAACCCCACGUAUUGAUUACGUUACGGAGGCAUUUAGGAAGGUUUGCAAGAUUCACACAAGACUUCCGCGUGGAGGAAUUCUUGUGUUCAUGACGGGACAAAAUGAAAUAUCUACUCUUUGCAAGAAACUUCGUAAUAAGUUUCCAUAUAUAUCGUCAGAUAGAACUCAUCGAAAUAGGGCAGCAAUUAAGGAAGAAACGCCAAUUGAUGAACUUAACGAAUAUAUUCACGGAGGACAUUCUGAUAGAAAUGUUGAUUGUGAAAUAGAAGAAUUGGUUAUAGGUGAAAAUGACCAAGAUUAUCUUGAUCACUAUGAUGAUUUUGAUACGGAUUCUGAAGAUUCUAUCACCGAGUUCGAAAAUGAUGGACUGGACAAUGAAUAUGGUUUAUUAUCUCAAUUACGAUUAUUAUUUGUUGAAAUUGAAUUUGAUCAUCCACCACCUGAAGGAACGCGUCUUUGUGUUGUUGCAACUAAUGUAGCUGAAACUUCUUUAACUAUUCCUGGUGUUACAUAUGUUGUUGACUGUGGGAAAGUUAAAGAACGCUGUUAUAAUGCAAGUACUGGUGUUCAAUCUUAUGUAAUUGACUGGAUCUCAAAAGCAUCUGCUGAUCAACGUGCAGGUCGUGCAGGUCGAACUGGCCCCGGUCAUUGUUAUCGGUUGUAUUCCUCAGCCGUGUUCAACGAUCAAUUUCAACAAUUUACAGUUCCUGAAAUUCACAGAACACCUAUAGAAGGUGUUAUACUACAAAUGAAAGCGAUGAAUAUUGAUACUGUAUCUAACUUUCCAUUCCCAACACCACCUGAUCGCGAUCAAUUGAAAAAGGCAGAAACAUUGUUACGAUACAUAGGUGCAUUGAAUGAAAAUAGUCAAAUUACUUCUUUGGGACGCGCAAUGGCGACAUUUCCUCUUACACCCAGAUUUUCCAAAAUGUUAAUAAUUGGACAGCAACAUGAAUGUCUUCCAUAUGUCAUUGCCAUUGUAUCAGCCCUAUCAGUUGGUGAUCCUUUCAUUAAAGAUUACCAUAUUGAUGGUACUGAUUCAGAUGAUGAGAGUGACAAAGGUGAAUUGGAAGAUUACGUUCAAACGAAGGAAUUAAAUGAGAUUCAAAAAGAAGUAAUCUUUAAAAAGGAACGUCGAAAAUUGAUGCGGAAGAAAUUUUAUGACGUCCAAAAGAGACACUCUGGACUUGAUCCAACGAGUGACAUAUUAAAAUUCUUAAAUGUUGUCGGUGCAUAUGAAUAUUCUGGAGGUAGUGAAAAGUUUUGUGAAGAUAAUUUUGUUCGGAUAAAGGCUAUGCAAGAAAUACAUAAAUUAAGAGGUCAGAUAACGAACAUUGUUCAAACUAAUUGUCAGGGAGUCGAUGUGUAUGUAGAUCCAAAAAUGAAACCGCCUUCUGCUAUCCAGCUCGAAGCUCUUCGCCAAAUUAUUGCGGCCGGGUUUAUUGAUCAAGUUGCUAUACGAAAAGAUUUAGUAGACGGGACUACGAAAGCAUUUUCUUCUACAAGAGGCAUUUCAUAUUCUACCAUGUGGACGGAUGAAGAUGUUUUUAUUCACCCUUCUUCCGUUUUGUAUCAUGGGAAGCCACCAGAUUUUGUGGUCUUUCAAGAAUUACAACGAACAAAUAAAGUGUGGAUGAAAGGUAUUACAAUUAUAAAACCGGAGUGGCUUCCGAAGCUUGGAAAGUCUUUGUGCGUAUUUUCUAAACCAAAAGAACUUCCAGCACCCAAAUUAAGGAGGAACGAUGACGAAAUGACCGCGUAUGUCACACCUUGUUUUGGCCCUAAAAGUUGGGAACUCCCGCCAAUCAAAGUAAAAGGUGUAAAAGCUGGUGGGAGAUGGGUCCCACCUCAAUCAUAUCAAAUGGUUAUUUUCCAGAAUGGAGCUCAAAACCCCAUUAAGAAUUCACCAACAGAAGCGUUUUAUGAAAUUUUCAACAAAUCUAGAGAUUACAAAGAACAAGAUACAAGCCUUAUGGGACGCGCAAGUGAUUGA